AUGGAUAACUCUCUGCUUACUCUUUACUUUUCUUACAAGAGUGCGACAAAAUAUGUCGUGGACUGGCUCUUUUCAACGGUUGGCCGUGAACAGUUCGACCAGGUCCAUGCACGGCCCAGCACCGCGGAAAUCGUGAAUGCAGCAAUCCUCGUUCGAGACCAGAAUCUACCAGUUCCAAAAAGCGUACUCAACAAACUACAAGAUAUCCUCAAGAAGAGACGGGAGGUUCAUAGUCUCUAUAUAGAGCGCGCUACAUCGGACAAUCAGGAAGAGAACUUGAAGCACAAAGCUUUUAUAGAUAGACUUGAACAGACAUAUCAAAUAUUGUCACCUCUAGUGAAAUCAACGCAGUCACCUCUAGUUCAAAUCGGCAAGGAAACUGAGACAACUUCAUCUUCGGGGGUUAAUCGAUACGCGUGCUUGACGGAUUUAGAUCUGACAGAUCGUCAUGAGCCUGACCCUGAAGCGCGAAAUCGGGACACUAUUAGUGCAACGAACACUCCAGCGACAGAAAAAGCCGAACAAGUGUUACAAGAUGAUGAGCUAGGCGAGUACAUUGAGCUUAGCCUCUUGGUAUAUAACCUCGAUGCUAUCUGCGCAAAGGUGAACGGAUUCUGGGCCGAUGCAGCAUCGGGAAAACUCCCUAUCAUUGUCGCUGGAUUCUUGACCAAUACGGCCUACCAUGCGGCAAAAAGGAUUAUAUACAACUCCCCUGGCCUGUCAAAUAAUGCUACACUGAUCCAUAAAUGGUACCUCACAAAAAGAGACUUCAGAAUCAAAUUCACCGAUAUUCCAGAGCUUCAGCAUAAUUAUCAGCGUUUUGCCAACAAUCUUGGAUUGAUGCAUUACUGGCAAAUCCUUCACCACUGCCGCACCCUUGAUGGGUAUAAAAACAUUCUUCCCACCGCCAGUAGUCGACAGCAUCCAACAGCUCUUAUACACAAGCUUGUCGACAGUCGAGAAUCCUACGAGCUUGACGAUUUGGCUUUUGAUAAAAUGCAGGAAAGCAUGCGACAUCUUCUCGUUUCGGGUCGAGCUAUAAGUGCACUAGAGGAAGAAUCUAUGAAGGCAGAGCCUCUUCUCCCUGCUCUAGAUGCGGCAUUACGAGACCCUAAAUCACCAAUCCCAACACAUCUUGUUUUCGGUAUGGAUAUGCUGCUGUCGACGUACAAGUCAUUCCUGUGGCCCAAGGAACAGACAAAUAAAGUGAAUUGCCGCAUUUCAUCACUGAAGUUCGCCAAAGAUAUCAUCAAUAGUAUCACAAAUUGCAUGCCAUUUUUGGAGAAGCUGUGUUGGUGUCAGACUCCCGACCAUUGCACUUGCCCAUACAAACAAUACAUCUGCGAAUUUCGAAGCAAGCUGGAACUUUAUGUCCAGGAAAAGAGAUUUGAUCUCUACUAUCAAGCACCUUGGGUUGCAUCCGGCCACAUGAUUGAGAUCCUCCAUUUAUCCAUGGAUAAAGGGUACUUCACCUCUACAACGCUCUUCUAG